UCUAGUAUAAGUCGAGAUAUAUUCGAACUCAGUUACCAGAGAUGCAGUCCAAAUUUUUCGUGUCAAAUAUAGUUUCGUGAAAAAAAAAACAAAAUUCCAACCAAAAUAUGAACACUGUUCCGAUAUACACCCUGCACAACUCAUUCGAUUUGUUUGCCGAUCCUAUCCACACUCCCAUCACGUUCGGAAAUGAAGGUUUUAUCCUCACGCAACAGGACCAGCGCAACAUCGUGGAUCGUCGGACAUGGUAUUUGAGUCGGCCCGCUUACCACCCUGCCCCGUACUCCACGGCACUAAAUCCAAUUCAACCUCCGCUAGUGGCGCAGGCUUCACUCCAGGAGCUACUCUUUCAGUUGAUAAACUUUCUCUCGAUGCACCAUCCAGCACCGACUGCCACACCGACACAGAACCAAACGCUACCGUUGUUUAAUUUCCACUACGAGAAACAAACUUCAACCGAUGAUCUGGCCUUCUACCAACGCCAGCAUGGUGGUCCUUGCUUUGUUGAACCUAAACUGCCACCGAUGGUUCAGCGUAUUCAAUACAUUGUCAGCCGUUCCAUACGCGAUGCCGGGGUCAAUACAGAUGAACCACAGCCGAUUCCGGCCGAAACAACUGCACCGAUGGAUUACGACCCCGGUGAAGGUACCAGCGCUGGACCGGAAAAACCCGCUGACUACUGUUUGAUCAAUGAGAAGCCAGGGAAAAAAGUUCAAUUUUGGUAAAUCAACAGCUAGCUGGAUUAAAUCGAUAUCCGAAAUCCUAACCAAAUUGAAACAUAAACGAUUUACCGGGAAGUAUUAAACAUUCAUCGAAAUUGCGGUCCACUCCAAAUAGUCAUUCAUCUUCAAUCCCUCGGAGCGGAAGCAACCAUCGCGGUAGAUGUUUCCAAAGGUCUAUUAAUUAUUUUCCUCUGCUGCCACCUGCCCUUUUACAGGCCUAACUUUCAAUGGCAUUCACGGGCUCCCAUCCUCGACGGCAGCGGAUUCCGGGCGGAGAAUUUAUUGCUCCGAUGGGUGUUGGUCGCAACCAAUCACACGGAGAUUCGCUUCUUUGCGUACACACUGACACUCUGGUGGAAUGCUAAUGCAAAGGAAGUUUAGAUUACGGACUCUCGAUGACGAUGGAUUGGUAUGCGAAUCUGUGCUGUGUUGUGCCGAGGAAAGGUUCCUCCGUGCGUCGGUCACUUCAAAUCUCCGCUGGUGAUAGAUUGCGAACCUAUGGACCGAGAGGAAAUUUUGUGAUGGUCGAAUACUCCGGAAUAACUAGGGAGUGAAAAAUUUGAGUCAUUUUAAGCUGUCUAAAUUUCUAACCAAGGAGUGGAAGAGAACAUUGUAAAUUGCCGAGCAAUCAAUUUACGA